UCCAAAUUCUGAAGGUGCUGUCUCCUGCCUUCGUUCUUCUUGGGUUACAGCUACUUCACUCCCUCCGCCAUGGCUCUUCUUCCCUUCAAGCUCGCUCUCGGAUGCCCUAACUCUUCUCUCUUCUCUGCAACUCCCAGGCUCAUGUCUCCUCGUCUUCCACCAUUCCGUGUCUCCUGCGCUAAACGCACCGGCAAGAAGAGGUAUCCAUCGGAGAAGAAGAAGCUCAAGUUGAAACACAAAGAAGUCCUCACGACCGUCGAGAACAAGUUCGAAGGCAUUUGGAGGCUCUUCAAGCUCGGAGUUCCUGUAGAGAAGGAUCCUGGCAAGGAUUUUCAUGGACUCUCGGAUGCUCUGAUGCAAGAGAUUGCUAAAGUCCUCGAGUUCCCGGUUGCUUCGUUGCUGCCACGGGAAGCUUUCUCAGUUAUUCGUAAAUCUUUUGACGCUAGAAAGAUGUUGAAAGAACCAAAGUUUGUUUAUACUGUGGACAUGGAUGUAAAUAAUUUACUGAUUCUAGAACCUCGUUCUCGGGAUUUCAUUUCGGAUUUGGAGCCUAAAGUUGGAUUGAUAGAACAUAUUGUAAAAGAAAAGGUUUCCAAUGAUGUAAUCAGUAUCGUUCAUGAUCUCAAAAGCAACCACGAAGUGGUGAAAGAAAGUGGGUUUAACGGUCACUCUGGUCCUUACAUGCGUUUGCCAAGUAGUAAACCAAAAAUUGCUGUUGUUGGCAGUGGGCCAUCGGGCCUUUUCGCCGCUCUUGUCCUUGCAGAGUUUGGAGCUGAUGUUACCUUGAUUGAAAGAGGUCAACCAGUUGAACAAAGAGGGCGUGAUAUUGGUGCAUUGGUAGCUCGUCGGAUUCUGGAACUGGAUAGUAAUUUUUGCUUUGGGGAGGGUGGUGCAGGUACCUGGAGUGAUGGGAAAUUGGUCACUAGAAUUGGUAGAAACAGUGGCAGCGUGCAAGCGGUUAUGAAAUCUUUAGUUCAUUUUGGGGCCCCAGAGAAUAUCUUACUUAGUGGAAAGCCUCACCUUGGGACGGACAGGUUGGUUCCAUUACUUAGGAACAUCCGGCAACACUUAGAAAUGUUGGGUGCCACUGUCAAGUUCGGGACUAGGGUUGAUGAUCUAAUUCAAGAGAGCGGACAUGUGGUGGGCGUUAAAGUUUCUGAUUCAAGAGACAAGUUAAAGCUCAACAGCCAGAAGCUUGAAUUUGAUGCCACUGUCCUAGCUGUUGGCCAUUCUGCACGUGAUGUAUAUCAAAUGCUUAUGUCUCAUAACAUUCCCGUGGUUCCCAAGGAGUUCGCCGUUGGCUUAAGGAUCGAGCAUCCUCAAGCAUUAAUAAACAGCAUACAGUAUUCUGGAUUGGCCAAUGAGGUAGAGAAAGGACGUGGGAAAGUACCGGUGGCAGAUUACAAAGUUGCCAAGUAUGUUAACAUAGACACGGUGGAUCCAUCCUCCAAUUCUGUUGCAGCAAGUCGCAGUUGCUAUUCAUUUUGUAUGUGUCCUGGUGGCCAGGUUGUCCUCACUAGUACAAACCCCGGAGAACUUUGUAUCAAUGGCAUGUCAUUCUCUCGACGUUCAUCAAAAUGGGCAAACGCUGCCCUUGUUGUCACUGUUUCAACUAAGGAUUUUAAUGAUCUCGGCUUCCACGGACCUCUUGCCGGGGUUGAAUUCCAGAGAGAGUUUGAGCGAAGGGCAGCUCUCAUGGGAGGUGGAAAUUUUGUUUUGCCUGUGCAGACAGCUACUGAUUUUAUGGACAGAAAGUUAAAAGUAACAUCCGUGCCGCCAUCAAGUUACCGGUUAGGAGUGAAGGCCUCAAAUCUCCAUGAGUUAUUCCCUGGUCAUAUAACAGAAGCUUUACAGCAAUCUAUCCUAGCAUUUGAUAAAGAGUUACCAGGUUUUCUCUCAAGUGACGCCCUUCUACAUGGAGUGGAGACGAGAACAAGUUCCCCUGUUCAAAUCCCACGGAACCCUGAGACUUAUGAAAGCACAUCUCUUAGAGGACUCUACCCGGUUGGCGAAGGAGCAGGCUAUGCGGGAGGAAUUGUAAGUGCGGCAGUCGAUGGCAUGUACGCCGGCUUCGCUGUGGCUAAGAAUUUCAAUCUUUACAAUGGUGACCUUGAGACGGUUUUGGGUAAGGCUCAAAGUUCUGGGUCCGUAAUGUACUAGAGCUAAUCCGGUUCACUUGCCAGCAAUAGAAGAGCCUGUGACUACAAAUUGGUGAAUCUCAGCAUGCCAGUUGCCGCAAACCCAUCUAAAUCAAUCAGGUUCUUCAUUCAACCUAACUAUAGAGGAGAAUGGAGUUCCAUUGUAGUAAUCCAAACGAGGCUCUGCAUCAUGUUGUUUGAUUUGAGGUGGAGACAUACAUCUUCUACGUUGUAAAUAUGCGACAAUUAAACGAGUUGCUCGGACCAUGUAUUGCUGCUGUUGAUUUUGACUGAUUUCGAGAGAACUCUACUUGGUCGAGCAGAGGGAGUGCUUUUGGAUCCCAUAGGACGUCAACUCUGGAAGAUUCUGCAUAUUAUUAUUGGUAUGUAUUAAUUUAUAUUUUUCUGUAUUUCUACAAAAAUAUUAUUGCCAAUAUUAGCAAUAGGAUUAUAUCUUCAAUGGAUUUAAAACUUCGUUUUCCGUAAGAAAUCGAGUUUCAUUGAGAGAUCUGAAUUAGAAAGGAACUCGUAUAGAGACGAGUAUCGAAUCAACGAGAAAAAAAUGGUUAGAAAAUCGGCCUUAUACAAGAACUUUUGUGAGAUCCCACAUCAGUUAGGGAGGAGAACGAAACACGAUGUGGAAACCUCUCUCUAACAGACGUCUUUAAGGCUUUGAAGGGAAGUCCGGAAGGAAAAGUCUAAAGGGGACAAUGUGAGCUAGCGGUAGAUCCCACAUCAGUUAGGGAGGAGAACGAAACACGAUGUGGAAACCUCUCCCUAACAGACGUCUUUAAGGCUUUGAAGGGAAGUCCGGAAGGAAAAGUCUAAAGGGGACAAUGUGAGCUAGCGGUAAGCUUGAGUCGUUACAACUUUCCUUUCUCAUGAAAAGGGAAUGUUGGAGGACCUUCUAGAAUCUCGAUGACGAAUCUACGUUCCUUUCUCAUGAAAAAGGAAUGUUGGAGGACCUCCUAGAAUCUCGAUGACGAAUCUACGUUCCUUUCUCAUGAAAAGGGAAUGUUGGAGGACCUCCUAGAAUCUCGAUGACGAAUCUACGUUCCUUUCUCAUGAAAAAGGAAUGUUGGAGGACCUCCUAGAAUCUCGAUGACGAAUCUACGUUCCUUUCUCAUGAAAAGGGAAUGUUGGAGGACCUCCUAGAAUCUCGAUGACGAAUCUACGUUCCUUUCUCAUGAAAAAGGAAUGUUGGAGGACCUCCUAGAAUCUCGAUGACGAAUCUACGUUCCUUUCUCAUGAAAAGGGAAUGUUGGAGGACCUCCUAGAAUCUCGAUGACGAAUCUACGUUCCUUUCUCAUGAAAAAGGAAUGUUGGAGGACCUCCUAGAAUCUCGAUGACGAAUCUACAUUCCUUUCUCAUGAAGAGGGAAUGUUGGAGGACCUCCUAGAAUCUUGAUGACGAGACGGACCUACGAGAUCCCAAAAGAAAUCCCGAAAGAAAAAUUUUAGAUUUGUAGCAAUUUAAAUCUGGCACUAAAAAAAAUCAAACAAAAUUAAAUGUCGAUUUAAAUUAUUUAACGAGACUUUGUAAUUUAUAAUAAUAUUGUUGAUUUUAUUAUUUUUAUUUAACUCAAUUUCUUUUUUUUAUUUUUUUCUUUUCUGGCAAGUGCUUUUCUCAAAGCUGUAAAUUGUUUUAUUUCCUUCACUUAUGUAACCAAAAGCAAGGGGGGAUCGUGUGGGCCCUCUCCGGGGAACAUCGAUCCGGCAGUUCCACGGUGCCUUGUCAUGCUCCCUUUCGUAGACAAUUAAGACAAUUAACACUUUGCUUCAA